AUGGCGGCAUGGAGAGCGGCGUUGGUGGCGGGCGCCCGCGCUCCGCUGAGGGGGCGGCUCACCGGGCUGCGGCCCUCUCGGAGCCAGCGGUGCCCGUCCAGCUGGAGGGUCGCCGCCGCCGCCGCCGCCCUGCUCGGGGGAGGCUCCCUGGUGGCGUGUUACAGCGGGCGGCCGGGCGUGUUCCCGACGGUCCUGGCUCAGAACGAAGAUGUCAUUAAUGCAGAAAGGGACGAAAGACUGUCUCUUCGGAAGCAUCGCUUCAUGCAUUUUGCAUCAUUGGAAUAUGAAGGAGAAUAUUACAUGACACCAAGAGAUUUCUUGUUCUCAGUAAUGUUUGAUCAAGUUGAACGUAAAGCCUCAGCCAAGAAACUGACAAAAAAGGAGGUAGAUGCUGCACUGCUGUGUGUUGCCAAAGCUAAACCAGGACCGACCUUUUUUAGAGAGCUUGGUGACAAAGGGUUGAUAUCUUAUGCAGAGUACCUAUUUUUGCUGACAAUCCUAACGAAGCCCCAGACUGGAUUUCAGAUUGCCUUUAAAAUGUUGGAUACAGAUGGCAAUGAACAAGUUGAAAAGAAAGAAUUCUUUAAGCUACAGAGAAUCAUUGGGAAGGAAGAUGAUUUGAAAACAGCUGGAGAUGAAACAGUAUUUCAGGGAGCAGAAUUGGAAAGCUCCGGUGUUAAUACCAUGUUGCUGGUACACUUCUUUGGAAAAGAAGGAAAGGAAAAACUUCGCUAUUCUGAGUUUUUCAGAUUCAUGGAAAAUCUGCAAACAGAAGUCCAAGAAAUGGAAUUCAUAAAGUUUUCGAAGGGUUUGAAUGUCAUGAGAAAAGAAGACUUUGCAGAAUGGUUACUGUACUUCACCGAUGAGGAAAACAAUGAAAUUUACUGGCGGAAUGUGAAAGACAGAAUUGAGGCAGGAGAGAAUAUCAGUUUGGAAGAAUUCAAGACUUUUUGCAAGUUUACAAACAACCUGGAAGACUUUUCUAUUGCCAUGCAGAUGUUUACUGUAGCCAAUCGUCCUGUUAAACGGGCUGAGUUCAAGAGAGCAGUGAAGGUGGCAACAGGACAGGAGCUCUCAGAUAAUGUUUUAGAUACCAUCUUCAAGAUUUUUGAUUUAGAUGGCGAUGACUGCCUCAGCCACGGCGAGUUUCUUGGAGUCCUGAGGAACCGAAUUCAUCGAGGUUUGAGGGUACCGCAACAGCAAGGCGUUCAAGGUUACUGGAAGUGUGUGAAAAGAGAAAGCAUUAAAGGAGCCAAAGAAGUGUGGAAGCAAACUGGGAAAAGUCCUUUUUAAAGCAAUCCAUUGUUCUUUUGCUAUAAAUGUUGUUAUUUAGGGGGGUUUGUCUGUCCUGUUUACAUAAUAGCUGAAUCAAAAAUACCCUUUUUUUUUAGUAUAGUUAAACUUUAAUUAACCCAGUUUCUGAUGCAAUAAUUUUGUAUCGUUCUAGUGCGAUCAGUUUGGUUUACAGAACUGUUAUCACUUUUGACCUCCAUACGGAAGUACUCUUGUUCUAGGGAAUAGUGUUGUUUACUCCUCUGUGGAGUCUGACCCUGUGCUGUAGCAUACAGGAUAUGCAGAAUUUAAUAGUGGCCACUGGCAGGAGCAUCACAGCAAUAUCAUCUCCUGUUGUAAGAGUGGACAUCAUCUCAGUUAGCCACUAACACAGCAGUUCUCUUUCCCUGGCAAGGGUAGAGGUCCAAAAGGCGAAACCACUUGCACGAUCCAUGCAAAUCAAGUUAUCCUAAAUGAAAAAGGAAAAUUCACGUGGUUUGUGCCCUCAUUACUGUGAACUGCUUGUGUGCUGGUUCCUGGUGGAUGAUUCCACCAGAUCCUGUGUAGAUGUCUGUUUUGUCUACCUUCAUGAUGAUAAUAUUAAACUGGAAAUACAAGACUGUUGACACAGGCUUUAAAAGUUGUACAUUGAUCUAUGAAUGUGCAGAGUCUCUCAGACGUCUUCAACAAAUAGUAUAAAUGAGAAGUAAAAAUCCUCAUUCUAUCAUAAACCGCAGUAGCUACAAUUUGAGUCAUAACUACCUUGCCUUACUUGUAUUGCAGAAGGUGAAUGUGUAACAAAUAGUUGCUUUAUCUUAGUAAAGGUUGUGACAGGGAAUGCUGCAGUAUCUCAGGAAUUCAAGGUUAUAAUAAGCAAGUGUUGGGGGAAAAAUAAGUCCAAUGAAAAAGUAAAUAAAAAUGUUUCUUAUUCCAAAAUGCAAAGUUAGACAUGAGAUCCUAAACAGUAAAACAAGGAACACAUCAAAAUUAACAUUUAGCAAUUAUAGAUGAACAUUUUUUAGCUAUAACAUAGUGUGCAUCCGUGUAUACACAAGUGUGCAUGUUACAUGUUUUUUUCUUUCUUACAGCCUUAGGAGCCAGUAGUCCCAGGUCCAGAUCAGUGUUCCUGGUUGGCCACUAUGUAUAGGAGAUAGACUUAUCUGUAAAGCUCUCAAGGUUCUUCCUCUUUCCCCCUCCCAGUUGUCUGACUUGUCUUGGCUGGUGUGAAAGCUUAACCUUUUAAGACAGGUUUGUGAUAAAAGACUCAAAAGAUGGACUGGGGAAAUGUCUCAAGAAAAACAACCAAGAUAUCUUACCACUCUCUGAGGAAGUAUCCAUCCCUUUUAAGCAUGACACUAGCUAUGUUAGUCUCAAAGUUGUAUAUAAGCUCAACAGGAGGUGUUUUGUUGUAAUUUCUUUGGGGUUUGAUGGGGGGAGCCUUGAGAAGAGGGGAACCUUCCAUGAUAGAUACCAGAGCAGCUCUCACUCAUAUGAGGGACAGGAGACACUGCAUUAGGAAACCAUAAAGAUGCCACCUAAGGAGUACUGAGAUUACAGAGAAUGUAUUUGGUAUGUCAGUAGCUGUCAGGCAAGCUUGUGCUGAGGAGGACUCCUCCCACCGGAGCCUCGGCACGGUGGUCUCAUGUGGGGAAAUAGAGUGAGAAGCUAGCAAAGCAGCAGUGUGCCGCUCUUCCCUUCAUAACCUUCACUUGGAGCUUUAAUUUAAACUGUGUUAAAGAGAAAAUGCUUGUAUUCUUGUCAUCUGUGGACAUGCAUCCAGAGUCACCCACCAGAACAAGAGCAUGCCUAUGCGGGCGUCCUGAGACGUCUCUAGAAGAUCAGGCACCAGUGACCACCAAGGAUCCCUUUAGUUCCCUAGGAAACCAUCACAAUGAAAUAAAAUGCAGUAAAUGCCUCAGCCUCGCCCCAUCAGACUGAACUCAUGCACUGCUCUGGGGGCAACAGGAAAUUAGAUAGCUAGUUUACUUUGUGUGUUUGGAAGUUGCUUGCUGCUUCUGGUGAUGGGAGCUACAAGAAAGAUAUAGCUAAUGGGAGCAAAGAUGGGGCGGUGGGACUGGCAUCAAAGUACCACAGCCAGCUUCACAUCACCAAAUAGUAAAGGACAUAAUCAAGCAAGACACGUCUGUAUCACAAAAGUGUGUGUGUUCACCCAAAGUGUGAUUUGAUCCAGCUCUGCCUUUAAUGCAAGGCUGCCUUUUACUUGUUGCUGUUAAUAUUUUGACAAAUCAUUUUUGCUUUGGAAUGGAGAUUAACAUUUUAUUCUGUGUAAUGUUAAUAGGUGUGUGAUGUUCUUUGUUGCUUUUGUAGUUUCUUUUGUUUACUAGUGACUUGCUUCCUACAAGCUGCUUGGUUUUCUUUUGGAAAAAUCAAUUCAUUUAGCUUUAGUGUAUCUAGAAGUUUAAUUCCUCAUUGCUCAUUUGUAUCUGGGUUUGUGCAAUCAGUGCUAUCUGCUUUCGGCAGCAAGUUACUAAAAAUGCAAUUUCAAGGUUUUUUUAGCAAAAGCUUUGGUGUCAAGUUCAGAGGAAAAAGAGAACAGAUAUGCUUAUUUUAAAAUGAAAUUUGUAGUAAAAACAGAAAUUAAAUUAUUGAUUAGGAGUUAAAAUACAGUUAGAAAACAUUUUCAGAAGUUAUCCUGAAAGUACAGCCAGUAAGGAACUCCUUUGAAGGCCAAGGAAGACUUGUCCGUCAGACUUGAAGAAUCAGAUUCUGUUUAAUUUUAUACUCUAUUUUUGUUUGUCUUAACUAAAAGGCUUUACAAAACUGUCUUAAAAUAAUUUCUCAUGUUCUCAUUUCUCAUAAUCUUAGGUUGAAAGAGCUGGUCAGUCUAAACGUGUUUAGAUUGACCUUGUCGUCUAAGGAAUCCGUCGUAGUUUUAGCAUUAGAUGUUUUAGUUCCUUUUAGUAGCUGUAUGGUAUUUGCAACCUGUCUGUCAGCAUUACUCAACACAAUUUAGUUAAAAGUUUAUGCCAGCUGCCAAUCUAUCAGUUGAACUUAUCAAUUAUGACUUAUCAUAUAUGACUUUUUUAACGUUAGGAACUCUUCCUCUGAACAGAAAUAUAUAGAAAAACUAAAUAAAAUUGGGGUUUUUAAAUCUCCAACAUUGCGUCUGAAUGUUAUGUGGA